AUGUCAUAUGAAGACGUGUUCGAACAUUACAAGGUUGUCGCUGCUUCUUCAGGCAGGAAGAAGGACAGCAAGAGAACUCGGGGGGAGAGCAGUAAAACUGCCUCAAAGAAGGCUCGAACUGAGGACCCUCCAACCACUGUUCCUUCGAAGGAGAACACACCACCUCCAUCGCCACUCGAGAAGUCGGCCUCAACGCCUCCGGUCGACCAGCAUUCCAGUCCUCCAACACCUGUCAACCAGCUCCCUACUCCUCAGGACCCUACCAGCCAAACACAGCACACUCAACCUAAAGGCUCCCUGUCCAGCUCCGUGGUCAGUUCAGACAGGGAGAGGAUAUACAAGCUCUCCAAACACAAACGUAGUCAAGAGGCCAUUGACGACACCAUCUCCCUGGAGACCGACCAAAUACUCAACCGAGGGCUGAAUGAGAUAGUUAGCAGAUUGAUGACCAUGACUGCUGGCUGGCGCCGUGCGGGUGCAAUGGUGUUCAAGACCAAAAUUUUUGACACCAGGCUUGCUGAGGCUAAGAAAGCGCUUGAAGGGAAAAAUGCUGACCUGCUCGAGAAGAACAAUGAGAUAACCAAGCAGAACGAUGAGUUGCUUGAGAAAAAUGCAGAGCUGUUUAAGCAGAAUGAGGAAUUUCUCGAGCAAAAAGUUGCAAGUGUUGUUUUAGAAAAUGCUCCUUCAAAUGCGUCAUAUACAUCGCCCGAUAUUCAAAAGGAGAUUCUUUAUGUAUUCUCUAACAAGGUUAAGAAAGAGAUUCGCCAAGAAAUUGGAGACUCAAAAUUUUGCAUCAUAGUAGACGAAGCACGUGAUGAGUCCAAAAGAGAACAAAUGACUCUUGUUUUGAGAUUUGUAGAUAAAGAAGUGUUCAUUCGUGAACGAUUUUUUGGUGUUGUUCAUGGGUACGAUGGAGCUAGUAACAUGAGAGGUGAAUGGAAUGGCUUGCAAGCUUUAAUUUGUAAUGAAUGUCCAUAUGCAUAUUACAUCCAUUGUUUAGAUCAUCACCUCCAACUUGCUUUAGUUGCGGCUUCUCAAGAAUGUAAUGAUGAACUCAUGGAGACUCAAGUUGUUGAACUUGCUACUAAGAUUGCUAAUGAUGAAAUUGAAUCAGGGAGAAAGCUCAAUCAAAUUGGCACCUUAAAGCAAGCUGGAGAUACUCCCUCGGGUCCUCAUUUGGAUUCUAUUUCUAGCUUGCUCAAAAUGUUUAAUUCAACUUAUGUGGUUUUGAAAAUUUUGGAAAUUACUCGUAUGCUUUGUGUAGCAUUACAAUGCCAAUCACAAGAUAUUUUGAAUACUAUGCAUCUUAUUUCAAGCACAAAAAGGCUACUUAAGAACUUUCAAGAUUCAGGAUGUGAUGCUUUCUUUAUAAAGGUUAAAUCAUUUUGUGAGCAACAUCAAGUUGAUAUUCCAGAUAUGAAUGCUCAAUAUGUUGCAAGGCGUGGAAGUUCUCGAAAUCAACAAGUUAAGAUUAAUGUUAUGCAUUAUUAUCAAGUUGAUAUCUUUAUUACUACACUUGAUUAUCAGUUGCAAGAAUUAAAAUAUAGAUUCAAUGAACAUUCAGUAGAGUUGCUUGUUCUUAGCACUGCUUUUGAUCAUAGAGAUAGAUUUAAAUUGUUCAAGAUUGAUGAUAUUUGCAAACUUGCAAAGAAGUUCCAUCUUGAUGAUUUCUCAGAGGAGUUGGUGGUACAUCUAAGAAUUAAGCUUCAACAUUUUGAGCUUGACAUUCCAAAUCAUCCUGAAUUGCAAAAUUUAUCUAGUAUUCAUGAAUUAUGCCAAGGCUUGGUGAAAACAGAAAAAGAAAUUGUAUAUCCUCUUAUUGACAGGUUACUUAGGCUUGUUCUUACUCUUCUUGUAUCAACAACAACUACAGAGCGAGCAUUUUCAAUCAUGAAAAUUAUCAAGACAAAGCUCAGAAACAAGAUGGAAGACAAUUUUUUGAGUGAUUGCUUAACAGUUUGUAUUGAGAAAGAAAUUGCUGCAAAAUUUAGUAGUGACUCCAUUAUAGAUGAUUUUGCAUCUAUCUAUGAAGAAUCGUCGAGUACAACUUACUUUUAA